ACUGCCAGGACAUGGCCAGGGCCCGGCUGUGGCUGCUGCUGGCGUUGCUGGCCGCGCUCUGGCCGGGGCCGGGCCAGGCUGGGCAGUGCCGGGAUGGGGAGCUCAGGCUGGUCUGGGGAGAUGACACCAAGUGCUGCCCCAAGUGCACCUGGAAGGCAGAAAACCCCGCGCCCUGUGAGGCUCCGGACCUGGACUGCCGGUGUCCCCCGGGGUACAGCUGCUCCGGGGAGCCCUGCCUGUACUGCAGGAAACUGCCCCCGUGCCCAGCAGGGCAGGAGCUCGGCAGGAUUGGAAGUCUGAAUUUCUUCUUUGAGUGCAAACCCUGCGAGAACGGCACCUUCUCCAGCAGUGGGAACGGCUGGUGCCACAACUGGACCAACUGCGAGAGCCGCGGCUCCGUCACGCACCGGGAGGGGAACAGCACCCACGACUCCGUGUGCGGCCCGCGCGGCCCUGCCCUGCAGCCAGCCCCGGUAGCGCUGGAAUUCCCCUCCAGCACCAUCCUGGCCAUCCUGGUGGCCGCGGCCGUGUUCGUGCUCGUCCUGCUCACGUUCCUGCUGCACUUCUGCAUCUGGAGCCUCCACAGGGACCCCAAACUCCUGCUCGGGGCCGCAGAUUCGGGCCCGACCUUCCCGCGGCUGCCGCCGAAUGCGCUGGAAUCCUCCAGCAUCCAAUUCCCGGAGGAGGAGCACGGGGACAAGAGCGAGGAGAAGCUCUCGGUGCUGUCCUUCAGGGUCUACAGCGAGCUCCGAUAGGGACGCGAUGGGGAGGGAUCGGCCCCGACCCCGGGAACGCCGGGCUGGGAUCCCCAAACCCCACCCGGCAGCUUCUGCCUGGGAAACGGGGGGGGCUCAGGGCUUUGGGGUUGGUUUUCCCUAAAAAAAGUGGAAUUUCGGGAUAAAUCCUGCUGGGGGCGGUUCAGGAGGAGAGGAGCAGGGAUUGCACAGGGUAUCCUGAUUUUCAGGAGCGGGAACGGCGGCCACGUCAUCUCCUGCUCUUCCCACGUCAUCUCCUGCUCUUCCCACAUUGUCUCCUGCUCUUCCCACAUCAUCUCCUGCUUUUCCUCCAUCUCCUGCUUUUCCUCCAUCUCCUGGUUUUCCCCUCAUCUCCUGGUUUUCCCCCAUCUCAUCUCCUGCUUUUCCUCCAUUUCCUGAUUUUCCCUCAGUUUUCCAGCCCUGCCCCAUUGGGUCAUUCCCAACCCCAUUCCAGCCUCUCCCAACCCCAUUCCCGCUCCCACCCAAAGAUUCCCUUGGGAAGCUCCUCCUGUGCCACCAGGGAUUUUCCUGGAACAUUUCCAAGGAAAAUCAGGAAAAGAAGGGAGUGAACUCAUCCAGGGACUGGUCAGAGCUCUGGAAAAAAUGGAGGAAAUGGGAAAAAAUCCUGGCAAACGCUCCCAGGUGGGAUUUGGGGAUUUCCGAUCCCUGUGGGGCCCUUUGCACUUUGGAUAUUCCAAGAUUUUUGAUGUUUGGAAUUUUUUUGGGCUGGCUCCCUGUGGAGAUGCCAGUGCCAACAUCUGUAUUGAUAGCUAUUGAUAAUUAGGGAUAAUUAGGGAUAAUCCAGGACGAGUUUCUCAUGGAAAUCUUGGUUUCUCAGUGGAAAUCCAUGGAAAUCCCUGGGAUUUCAGAGGAAUUGCUCAUGGAUUUAAACCUCUGCUGGAGGAUCCCUGGAGUUUGUGCUGGGAGCUCUGGGAAUGUUCCCCUGGAGAAGGAAUGGGGCAAGGGAGGGAGGGACAGACACUGGGAAUGGAAAAGGGCGGGGUGGGAUCAGAAAUUUGGGAAAAUCCCUCCCUGGAACAUUCCAGAGGCUCCCGGGAAUUCCAGCAGCUUUCCCUGGACUUGGGGUCGGGGUCACAGCUGGGGAUUCCUGCAGGAACAGAGACCCCAAAAGCUGCUCUGGGAGGUUUCUGAUUCCCUGGGAAAAAUUGGGAAAUUCCAAAGAAAAAUUCAUUUGAAUCAAA